CAAUUUCACCCAUUUUAUAGUUCAGGUUUAGCUGUUUACAAAGACGAUCCCCUUUCUACUGCAAUACAACGGAGCCACGCCCGAUCCCCUAAAACCCUAAACCUCUGUAUAUCUCUCGAUAUCAAGCGUAUUGUCUGUGAAACUUGGGCGUUUUAAGAUUGUUUUGUGAUGGAUAAAGGUAUUAUCAUCACAGAUGGGUCUAAAUUAGGGGAGAAAAAUGGUGUAAACAAUGAGAUUUCGGAGUCAAGAGCAGAAGAAAAUGCUGAUUCAGGUUUGGAUGGGUCGAAGGACCCAGAUGGAGAUGAAGUGUUUGAGGAGGCGGUGGCAGAGACUCCGAGGGUCAAUUCAGAGAAUAGAGAGAUGAAGAAUGAUGAAACUGUUGACACAGUUGUGACUUCAGAGAAUAGUAAUGUGAAUUCAGAUCUAGGCAACGAGGUUGAGAUGUUUGAAGAGGCAAUUGGGGUUUCUGGUGCUUUUCAGAAUGCAGAUAAGGAGUCCGAGGCAAAAGCUGAUUUUUUGAUGAAUGAGUCUUCUGAUGAUAAUCAAAUUGCUGCAGAGAAACUUGUGAUGGAUGAAAGGAAUAGGUUGAUGGACAGCACUGCUGUUGAGAAUGGAGUAGGUGACACCGAUUCUGUUGCUUCUGGAAAAACUGAAAAUCUAAAUGACAUGGAUGAUUUUGAUGGAAAGUUAGGUAAGUCUCCUGAGAACCCUGAAAAAGAUGCAUCAGAUCCUGCAGAGUUUGCCGAUGCUGUAAUAACGGAAGAAAAUAUUACUGAGAUGUCAGAAACUCAAGAUGUCAGUGAGUUAAAAGGGGUUGAUGUGGGCUCUGAGAAGCCUGACACGAAGGAAGCCCAGAUUCACGAGAUUUCAGAGAUUCGAGAUGCCAAUGAGGUGAAAGGAGGCAAUACUGGUAUGGAGGAGCCUGUGAAUUGUGCGUCAGAUCAUAUGAAUUUGGCUGAAACUUUGACUCAUGAAGACCCAAUCCUUUCAGAUUCUGAUGCACUGAAAGAACAGAGUCAUAAGACUUCAUCAGAAACCCAAGAUGGUAAUGUGAUCAAAAGAAUUGAAACUGAACCUUUGCCAGAGUCUAAGUCCAGUGAGGGUGUUUUGCAUCACGAUGAACCGAAUGUUGUGGCUAUCGUCAGGGAGGAAGUUGGAAAUUCACUCAUUUCUGGUGCCCAACUAAAUGAUGGUGAGAAUACAGAACUGAAGAAACUAGAGUCACACAGUGAGGAAGCUUACAAUCAGGAUAUUGCUGGGGAAGAGCAUGGGAGCUUACCAGCUUCAGAUGCUUCUGUGGCUGUUCAAGUGAACGAAAGUUCUCGAUUCAGUAAUGAUUUUCUUGCUGUAGUGGAGGAAAGCACAAAAAACCUGGAGGUUGUGAGUUCACCUUUGGUAAAAGAUUCCAUGGCUGAAAGUGUUGAGCAGCCCUGUUUUAGCUCAUCUGAAUUGGUAGCAGAAAAUUCAGGGGAUUCUGAACCUCGGCUGGUCAAUGCAAAUGAGGAAGUCUCUGAAGUUGUUGUCAAUGAGCCAAAGAAGGAAGGACUGAAGGACGAGAAGGAGGAGCAGGUUGCUUCAGAGUUAAUCAAACCUGUGGCUGCUAACUCUUCAUCUCCCGCACAUCCUGCUAUCCGUGAGCAUGUGUCCCCGCAGUUAGAACCCACUCAAAAUAUACUAGGAAACAGAGAACAGGUAAUCAGGCCUGUAACUAAUAUUGCUCCAUCCAAUGUUAACUCUGCAACUCCUUCUCGUCCUGCUGGCCUUGGGCGUGCUGCCCCGCUAUUGGAACCUACUUCUCGGGUGGUACAGCAGCCUCGGGUGAAUGGAGCUGUUUCUCGAGUGCAGGACCAACUCAUUGAAGAUCCAACAAAUGGAGAGGCCGAGGAGUAUGAUGAGACCCGUGAAAAGCUCCAGAUGAUCCGGGUCAAAUUUCUGCGACUUGCUCAUAGGCUUGGGCAGACUCCCCAUAACGUUGUUGUGGCUCAGGUCUUGUACAGAUUAGGGUUAGCUGAGCAGCUACGGGGGAGAAGUGGGGGUCGUGUUGCUGCCUUUAGCUUUGAUCGUGCCAGUGCAAUGGCCGAGCAACUUGAGGCAGCUGGACAAGAACCCUUGGAUUUCACCUGCACAAUCAUGGUUCUUGGGAAAACAGGGGUUGGUAAAAGUGCAACCAUAAAUUCCAUAUUUGACGAAGUUAAGUUUGGUACUGAUGCUUUUCAGUUGGGCACCAAGAAGGUUCAGGAUAUUGUUGGGACUGUGCAGGGAAUCAAGGUACGCGUAAUUGACACCCCUGGGCUUUUGCCAUCAUGGUCAGACCAACGCCAGAAUGAGAAAGUCCUCCGUUCUGUCAAAAGGUUUAUUAACAAAACAACCCCAGACAUUGUUUUGUAUCUGGAUAGAUUGGAUAUGCAGAGCAGAGAUUUUGGCGACAUGCCAUUACUGCGUACAAUCACCGAAAUUUUUGGACCGUCUAUAUGGUUCAAUGCAAUUGUCGUUCUAACUCAUGCUGCAUCUGCGCCACCUGAAGGUCCCAAUGGCACUGCAACAAGUUAUGACAUGUUUGUAACCCAGCGUUCUCAUGUUGUCCAGCAAGCAAUACGUCAGGCUGCUGGAGAUAUGCGGUUGAUGAAUCCAGUUUCAUUGGUGGAGAACCACUUGGCAUGCAGAACAAACAGAGCUGGACAGAGAGUGUUGCCAAACGGUCAGGUUUGGAAACCUCAUUUGUUGCUUCUGUCAUUUGCCUCAAAAAUUUUGGCUGAAGCAAAUACAUUACUGAAGUUGCAAGAUAGCUCACCUGGAAAGCCAUUUAUCUCUCGAGCAAGAUCGCCUCCUUUACCUUUCCUUCUUUCAUCGCUUCUGCAGUCAAGACCCCAAGUGAAAUUGCCAUCAGAGCAAUUCGGCGAUGAGGAUGAUGCUUUAGAUGAGGAUCUGGAUGAGUGCUCAGACUCGGAAGAUGAAUCAGAAUAUGAUGAAUUACCACCAUUCAAACCAUUGACCAAAGCACAGCUGGCAAAGCUUACUAAAGCCCAAAGGAAGGCAUACUAUGAUGAACUAGAAUAUAGGGAAAAACUUUUCAUGAAGAAGCAGCUGAAGGAAGAGAAAAAGCGGCUGAAGAUGAUGAAGAAAAUGCAAGAAGCAGCUAAAGAUUUGUCUCCUGACCUCGGUGAAAAUGCAGAAGAAGAGACCAAUGGUUCUGCGUCUGUGCCAGUUCCUAUGCAAGAUUUAGCCCUACCUGCUUCCUUUGAUUCUGAUAAUCCAACUCAUCGAUAUCGUUAUCUCGACUCCUCUAACCCAUGGCUUGUGAGACCUGUCUUAGAACCUAAUGGUUGGGAUCACGACAUUGGUUACGAGGGCAUAAAUGUAGAAAGAUUGUUUGUGGUUAAAGAUAAGGUACCGAUAUCAUUUUCUGGCCACGUUUCAAAAGAUAAAAAGGACGCCAACCUUCAAAUGGAAAUUGCGAGUUCAGUGAAACAUGGGAAUGGGAAAGCAACUUCAGUAGGUUUUGAUAUGCAAUCAGUUGGAAAGGAUAUUGCUUAUACUCUUCGAAGUGAGACAAGAUUUAGCAAUCACAGAAUAAAUAAGGCCAUUGCUGGUCUUUCAGCUACUCUGUUGGGUGAUGUUUUAACUGGUGGAAUGAAAUUAGAGGACAAAUUAAUUGUUGGUAAACGAGGUCAGAUGGUUGUUUCCGGAGGAGCCAUUUUUGGUCGUGGAGAUGUUGCAUAUGGUGGUAGUCUGGAAGCAACACUGAGGGACAAAGAUCAUCCUUUAGGGCGUUUCUUAUCAACUUUGGGACUCUCAGUCAUGGACUGGCAUGGAGAUCUUGCUAUUGGAUGCAAUUCACAGACUCAGAUCCCUAUUGGACGACAUACGAAUUUUAUUGGCCGUGUCAAUAUAAAUAACAGGGGGUCUGGACAAGUUAGUAUUCGUAUCAACAGCACUGAACACCUUCAGAUAGCCUUGAUCAGCUUAAUUCCUCUGGCUAAAAAGUUGCUUGGUUAUUCUCAGCCCAUGCAGUAUGCAUAAUGAUGAAAAUUGAGUCAUCCAUGAUGUGGCUGCUGUUGGAUCUUCCGAGUUUCAUUUUUUGGUGGCCAUCCUUUGUGGAUAAGCAACAAACCAAGGUAUCAAGGUUCAUUCUCCUUUCCUAUCAAGUUGUCUUGGUAGUUGCAAAGCUGAAUUUUUGCACUUCAUUAGUUUUAGUAUGUUAUUUAAUGUUGUCAACUAGUCAAUCUCGAAGCACUUCUUAUCCUGUAGAUUGAUAUUUCUUUAGACUAAUUGAUGUGAAGUAUCUUUUCCUCUUCAAUUCUAGCCACUGUAGAAUUCAUGAUGUUUGGACUCUUCUCGAGAGAACAAUCCGAAAGAAUCGAUCUAAUAGUAAUGCUAAUAAAACUGAUUAUUUUAGUCCUUACAUUUA